UUUUGAAGAAGAAAUACUAAAUGACGUGUUCAAUAUAAUACAAAUCCUUAUAAGUUAUAAUAAAUAGUGCCAUAAUUAAGCAAAUUGCUACUUCAUACAUAUCGGCAAAUCCCUCACAAAGAAGUGCUUUAUAAUGCUUACAUGAUAAAUUAAAAAUUAUCAACGAAAGAAUUGUUUAAAAAAUAUUACUACCAAUAUGGAUAUAUACAGUAUAUUACUGUUAUUGUCUUUUACAACAGCAGUAUGUUUGAUACAACAUGUUGCUGCACAGCAUGAAAAUAUACCAUACGAAAAUGUUGCAAACAUUUGUGAAACCUGUGUAUGUUUAGAAACUCAAGCUGUUGCCAACAAAAAUCAAACACAUCACAACACUUUGAGUUGUGUGAUGAAAGGUUUCAAGCACAUACUGGCAAGAUGGCCAGAGGAAUUUGGCAAACAUAAUUAUAAAGAUAACAUAAUUGUUGCCAGUUUUUCGGGCAACACAAUCGACAUUUUACAGCAACUACCUUCUACCAAUAGCACAUUGAGUUUUGCUUGCCGCCAUUGUGGCAUCAAACAUUUGCAAGCACCCACGUUUAUGGAUGUACCAAAUAUAAUUUCAUUGGAUUUGGCCUACAACGAGAUCACAAACGAUGAAUUGACACCAGAUGUUUUCAGAGGACCCUAUCAUAUUACCAGUUAUGAACCGAUUGCUCUAAAAGAAUUGGAUUUGAGUCACAAUAAACUUAGUUCUUUGGAUCGACGCAUAUUUGAGCAUACGCCCAAUAUAACAAAGUUAAACUUAAGUUGGAAUGAUUUUAAGGUUUUAGAUAAUCCAACAACUAUGGCUUUAGCUUCAGCGUCCUUGUUGCAGGAUCUUGAUCUUUCCCAUACUGGAAUUAAAUCUAUGGCUACGGUUAUUUUCGAAAAACUUACGUCUUUGAAAACAUUAAAUUUGGCCGGCAAUGAUUUUGUUCACUUGCCUGAAAAUUUUCAAUUGAUUGGCCAAAGUAUGCGUAGCUUAAAUUUAGCUGGCAAUAAAUUCAAUGACUUUAGCGAAGGCAGUUUUCUGGGUUUGAAAGCAUUGUUGCGUCUAAACAUUAGUGGCAUGCCGAAUUUGAAGAGCAUACAGAAUAACACAUUUUCUCGCUUGGAGCACUUAACACAUUUAGAUUGCUCAAACAAUCACAAGUUGGAAACAUUCGAUUUAGAUAGUUUGAUGCAUUGUGGUAACUUGACUUAUCUGGACAUCUCAUACUGUAGCCUAACAACUUUAAACCUCAACAUGGAUCUGUCAUCGGUGUCUGCAGCCAAUAAUACCAAUGUCACCCUACCAAAACCUUGGCCGCUACUAAAAACCUUCAAAACUAUUGGCAAUCUAUGGAUGUGUGAUUGUCAAUUAUUUCAAGUGCUAGAAUACACUGGUUCCCACCAUCUGUAUGCAGAUGAACCGAUACGUUGUGAUGGUCCCUAUAUAUUUGCGGGUGCUCGCUUGUCAAAUUUAACAUCAACACAAAUCUGUUCGAUGGAAAUUCCCAUAAAAUACAAAGUUAUCGAUGAGGAUCCGCCACGUUUUCGACGUAAACGAUAUAUUAUAUUAACCGUUAUUACAGCGUCAGUUGUAGUGGUAUUGGGUUUAAUUAUCGGUUUUAUAGUGGUGUGCAUACGAAGGCGUUUAAAAAGGGAUGAUUUUGGCGUGGAACCUAUACGUUAUACCAGUGUCCGUAGUAGCAAUUUAUCAGCAUUUUCACAAGGUCAUACUAAUGGUGCUCUCAGUAAUGGUAGUGUUUGAUGAAUUAAUAUUCAAAAUAAUAACUCCUCAACUAAUAAUUUAAGGCUGAGUUAGAGCAGUUAAAAAGGGGCAUACAAAUUGUUUGUAGUUUGGGAAAACUAUUUUAAAUAAAAAGGUUCCAUUAAUUUAGUUUUAAGGACGUUUUAUUUUUAUAUUACCAUAAAAAAAUUGUGUAAGAUAAAAAAAUUUAUAUGAAUUUUUGACCAAAGAUUGUUAAUAAUAAUUUUAUGUACGAUAUCUAUCCCUGAAUUUUGUUUAUUUAUAUGCCUAUAAUAUUAGAUAUCUGCCGUUCAAAAUAUUGAAUAUUUGCCAUUUUUAAUAUUUUUUAUUGUUUUUAAUUUGUACUUAACUUUAUAUACCACAUACAUUAUAAGUUGUAGCUUUAUUUAUUCUGGUUUGUAAAUAAGAGAAAAUUUAUUUAUAUUUAAUAAAAAAAAUGUAAAUUUA